AGCAAAUAAGAUAGCAUAAAAACAAACACACUCUCUCUCUCGCUCCCUCUCAAUUCUCUCUCAGCUUCAGCUUUUCUUUUUCUCUUUCUAUUUUUUUUUGGGUAUUUUUUUUCCCUCACUAUUGUUACAGCUCACUUUCACACACUUCACAGAGUUAUUUACAAACAUUUGUUUCUUUCCUUUUUUGGUUCUGUAUUUCGGGUUGUUUUCCUUUUGCUUUAUGAAGUAGCAGGAAUUUUGGGUUUGUUUUCUUCUUUCUUUUGGUGGGAAUGUUGAUGGAAGAGGUUUGAGUUCGAGAGAGAUGAAGGUGACCGGGAAAGCGAGUUUACCGCCGUCAUUUUCGGGGAGGAAUCCGACGGACGCGGAUCUCAAGCCGACCACGACGACGACGACGAAGCGAAGGACGCGGAGCACGAGGUGGAAGCGGGUCCGAGCGCCGGCGGUGGGGAGACGGAGCAGGCCGGAGACGCCGUUGUUGAAAUGGAAGAUGGAGGAGAGGGAGAAAGGGGGGGAGAAAAGCGGGGGUGGAGUUGAGGAGGAGGAGAAGGAGGAGGAUGGUGGUGGUGGACGGAGAGGUGGUGGUCGGGGACGACGGAGGAAAGGAGCUUCGACGGUUUCGGCUAGGAAGCUUGCAGCAGGAUUGUGGCGACUGCAGCUGCCGGAGACCGUAACAACUGGUGCCGGAGAGAGGAGGAGGGAUCGGUUAGGGUUCAAGCCUGGUAGUGAUUUUAUGGGUGUCCCCUUUCUUUAUCAUCACAAAGACAAAAUUUAUGGUUUGGAUGCAAAGGAUCCGUUGCAGAUCCCUGGUUCUGUCUCUGGCACUAAGAAUGGGCUCCUGCGUAAGAUUGAGCCUUCAACUCAAUUUUCAAACUCUGCGAUGGAGGGAGCAACAAAGUGGUAUCCUGUCUGCUUAAAAACAACAGAUGAGGUACGGCAAAUUUACAGCCACAUGAAGCGUAUUGACCAACAAGUAAGUGCAGUAUCAAUUGUUUCUGCCCUUGAAGCUGAGCUAGGGCAGGCUCGAGCCCGUAUUGAGGAGCUUGAGACUGAGCGCCGGUCCUCAAAAAAGAAACUUGAGCACUUCUUGAGGAAAGUUAGCGAGGAAAGGGCUUCAUGGCGGAGCAGAGAGCAUGAGAAAAUACGUGCAUUUGUUGAUGAUGUCAAAGCUGACUUGAAUCGAGAAAAGAAAAAUCGUCAGAGACUUGAAAUUGUCAAUUCCAAAUUGGUGAAUGAGCUGGCUGCUGCGAAGUUAUCAGCAAAGCAAUAUAUGCAGGAUUAUGAAAAGGAAAGAAAGGCCAGAGAACUAAUUGAAGAAGUAUGCGAUGAGCUUGCUAAGGAAAUUGGAGAAGACAAGGCUGAAGUGGAAGCAUUAAAGAGAGAUUCCAUGAAGCUUCGCGAGGAAGUUGAUGAGGAAAGAAAGAUGUUGCAGAUGGCUGAGGUCUGGCGAGAAGAGCGUGUUCAGAUGAAGCUGAUUGAUGCAAAGGUAGCACUUGAAGAUAGGUAUUCACAGAUGAACAGGCUUGUAGCUGAUUUGGAGACUUUUCUAAGGUCAAGAACUGGAACUCUGGAUGUGAAGGACAUGAGAGAAGCAGAAUCCCUAAGACAGACAGCUGCAUCAGUUAAUGUCCAAGACAUCAAGGAAUUUACAUAUGAGCCCUCAAACCCUGAUGACAUUUUUGCUGUUUUUGAAGAUGUAGCUUUAGCUGAAGCCAAUGAAAGGGAAAUCGAACCAUGUGUUGCAUAUAGUCCUGCGAGCCACGCCUCAAAAGUUCAUAUGGUGAGUCCUGAAAUGAACAUGAUAAAAAAAGACAGCAUGCUGAGACAUUCAAAUUCGUAUUUGGAUCAGAAUGAUGAGAUAGAAGAAGAUGAGAGUGGGUGGGAAACUGUCAGCCAUCUUGAGGAUCAGGGCUCAAGUUACUCACCGGAAGGGAGUGCUGCAUCUGAGAACAAGAAUCAUCGGGACAGCAAUUUCUCGGGGAGUGGAACAGAAUGGGAAGAAAAUGCGUGUGGAGAAACUCCAGUCACAGAAAUUAGCGAAGUAUGUUCGUUGCCUGCUAGACAGUUGAAGAAGGUUUCAUCCAUAGCAAGACUUUGGAGGUCAUGCCCAAAUAAUGGUGACAAUUACAAGAUAAUUUCAGUGGAACGAACAAAUGGCAGGCUUUCAAAUGGAAGGAUUUCUAAUGGGGUUAUCAUAUCCCCAGAUCGAGGGUCAGGUAAAGGUGGGCUCAGUCCCCCAGAUUUGGUGGGACAGUGGAGUUCACCUGACUCUGGUCAUCCACAUAUAACAAGAGGGAUGAAAGGGUGCAUUGAAUGGCCUCGUGGCGCACAGAAGAAUAGUCUGAAGGCAAAACUUUUGGAGGCAAGAAUGGAAAGUCAGAAGGUCCAAUUGCGGCAUGUUCUAAAACAGAAGAUUUAGAAGUAGAUGGUGAAUUCCCACAGCCCAGCGUAUCGUCACAGUAGCCGGAUGUGCCAAACAGAAGUAGUAAUGUAUUUGUCAGACAGUAGGCAACUUCUGCUGCUAGUUCAAAAUUGGUUAAAAGCUGAAGGGACGUGAAUAUGAACGCCUGAUUCAUCUCAUGGACUUACUGAUUCCUGCGAAAUCUGGUACUUGCUUCUUAGCUCAUGCUAUGCUGAGAGUUUUGUUUCAUCCCUUCUGCUGCUAUAUUGGGAAUAAUGCCCUUGAUGAAACAGUUGGAUCAUCUCCUUUCUGUCUGUAGUUAUAAUCCUGCCUGGGGCCAUAGUCAUUUGCCUUUGUAAUCGAGAAAGAAAUGUAUGCCACUUGUACUGUAUCCCUAGGAUCCGAGGAUAUCAAGGAAAGCAAAUUCACGUUGGACUGAAAUGACAAUAUUUUCCACUGUAAUUUUUGUAUUUUUGUUAUAAGAGAUGCCCCUCUGAAUUUCUUAUGGAUA